GAGGUAAACGGGAGCAGAGGAAGAGAGCAGCAGCGUGGACAUGUCGGACCCGGCGGCGCAGGCCUUACAACCCCGGCUUCUUCAAGCUCAGUCUGCUGGGUCAGCUGGGUCCAGUACUGCCUCGACCGGCUCCGGGACCGGGAAUAGUGACCCGGCCAGACCGGGACUAAGCCAGCAACAACGUGCGAGCCAGAAGAAAGCCCAAGUCCGAGCUUUCCCACGGGCGAAAAAGCUCGAGAAACUUGGCGUAUUCUCCGCAUGCAAGGCUAGUGACACAUGCAAGUGCAAUGGAUGGAAAAACCCAAAUCCACCAUCAGCCACACGUAUGGACCUGCAGCAGCAAGCAGCCAGCCUGAGCGAGCCGUGCCGCAGCUGUGGACAUGCUCUGGCUGAUCAUGUGUCCCACCUGGAAAAUGUGUCUGAGGAUGAGAUUAACAGGCUGCUGGGGAUGGUGGUGGACGUGGAGAAUCUUUUUAUGUCCGUACACAAAGAGGAGGACACUGACACCAAACAGGUCUACUUCUACCUGUUUAAGCUGCUGAGGAAAUGCAUCUUGCAGAUGAGCCAGCCAGUCGUAGAGGGGUCCCUUGGAAGUCCGCCAUUUGAAAAGCCCAACAUCGAGCAGGGUGUUUUGAAUUUUGUUCAGUAUAAGUUCAGCCACCUUGCACCAAAGGAAAGGCAGACCAUGUUUGAGCUGUCAAAGAUGUUCCUCUUGUGCCUAAAUUACUGGAAGCUGGAGACACCAACGCAGUACCGCCAGCGGACCCAGAAAGACGAUGGGACAGCAUACAAAGUGGACUAUACCAGGUGGCUGUGCUACUGCCACGUCCCCCAGAGUAACGACAGCCUACCGCGCUAUGAAACCACUCAUGUGUUUGGCCGCAGUUUGCUCAAGUCCAUCUUCACUGUGACCCGACGCCAGCUCCUGGAGAAGUUCAGAGUGGAGAAGGACAAACUGCUGCCAGAGAAACGCACACUCAUCCUCACACACUUUCCCAAGUUCUUGUCCAUGCUGGAGGAGGAAAUCUAUGGUGAGAAUUCCCCAAUCUGGGAGGCGGACUUCACCAUGCCCGCCUCUGAUGGCACACAGCUGGGACAUCAGACAGUGAUCAGUCCUGCUGCAGUUUCUGGCUCCCCUGCACUGCCCAAAGGUCUGAGCAGCAUCUCCUCUCUGGGCAGCAUGGACACUGGAGGUGCAGAGCCCAUCACAGGAGAGAAACGUAAACUUCCGGAGGCGUUGACCCUGGAGGAUGCCAAGCGUAUCCGUGUGAUGGGAGACAUUCCUAUGGAGCUGGUCAAUGAAGUCAUGAUGACAAUCACUGACCCUGCUGCCAUGCUCGGACCAGAGACUAAUCUGCUGACGCCAAACGCUGCCCGUGAUGAGACUGCCAGACUGGAGGAGAGGCGGGGAAUCAUAGAGUUUCACGUCAUUGGAAACUCGCUUUCCCAAAAGUCCAACAAAAAGAUCUUGAUGUGGCUGGUUGGCCUGCAGAAUGUCUUCUCUCAUCAAUUACCUCGCAUGCCCAAAGAGUACAUCACACGACUGGUGUUCGACCCGAAGCACAAGACCCUAGCCCUUAUCAAAGAUGGCCGCGUCAUCGGAGGCAUCUGUUUUAGGAUGUUUCCCACUCAGGGCUUCACAGAGAUCGUCUUCUGUGCCGUCACAUCCAACGAGCAAGUUAAGGGCUACGGUACCCACCUGAUGAACCACCUGAAGGAGUACCACAUCAAACACAGCAUCCUCUAUUUCCUCACUUACGCUGACGAGUAUGCCAUUGGCUACUUCAAAAAGCAGGGCUUUUCCAAAGACAUCAAAGUGCCGAAGAGUCGAUACCUUGGAUACAUCAAAGACUACGAGGGAGCGACCCUCAUGGAGUGUGAGCUCAACCCGAGAAUCCCCUACACCGAGCUCUCUCACAUCAUUAAAAGACAGAAGGAGAUAAUUAAGAAGCUGAUUGAGAGGAAACAGAGUCAGAUCAGAAAGGUUUAUCCAGGUCUCACCUGCUUCAAAGAGGGCGUACGACAGAUCCCAGUGGAGAGCAUCCCAGGCAUAAGAGAGACCGGCUGGAAACCCAGUAAUAAGGACAAAGGGAAAGAGGUGAAGGAUCCUGACGUGUUAUAUAACAUGUUGAAGAACCUCCUGGCCCAGAUUAAGACUCAUCCUGACGCCUGGCCCUUCAUGGAACCAGUGAAAAAGUCAGAGGCUCCAGAUUACUACGAGAUCAUCCGCUUUCCCAUCGACCUGAAGACCAUGACAGAAAGACUGAAAAAUAGAUACUAUGUGACCAAGAAGCUUUUCAUUGCCGACCUGCAGCGAAUCAUCACCAACUGUCGCGAGUACAACCCUCCAGACAGCGAGUACUGCAAGAGUGCCAACACCUUGGAAAAGUUCUUCUACUUCAAAUUAAAAGAUGGAGGCCUGAUCGAGAAAUGAACUCAGAAAUGGUUACCGAUUUCUUAACAGACAGGGGGUGACUUUGACACAAAGAGGACAAGGAAAACAUCACUAGCUGUUGUCUUAUCUGUGUUAAUGAAGGGGUAUGUACAUGACUGAAACAAUAUACAAGGGAUUGUUCGGCGUGAACAAACAUAAGAAGUUUGUUUGGAAAUAUCAGAUCAUGUUGAGCAUCACAAAGUGUAAAAAUGGCAUUAACCUUUCCCCUUUAAGUUGUCAUUUUCUCUUCUCCAAUACUCAUUGGGUCAAUACUCUGCAUUUACAUGUCUCAUUAAGUGUACCAAAGUUAUAGGUCCAAGUUAUAACAAUUUCUCACCUUUAUUUAUUGUAUACCUGGUUUUGUUGCAUUUAAUUACAUUUGUUCAUUCCAGUUUGCUUAAAACUCCGAGCGGACAUUUACGUAGUGUAGAGUUCUUUCACAGAAAACUGGACCUCGGGACCUAAAGCCACGUUGCCUUCCGUUACUGACAGACACUUGAACAUCCCAGCCAUCUUCAUGGAUAAAAAGAAAUACACUCUUUGAGGGGUGAAGUCCUCAAAACACUUGACUGAAAGUGGGUAGUACUUUGACUCUUGGGUAGUCUUGAAAUGAUUUGAUCAGGUGAUUGGUGACAAAUUAAUCAAAUGCGAUUGUUAAAGUUGUUAAUGGAGUGCAAAUACAGAACAUUUGCUGAUUUUAGCUCCAGUGUUGGAGUUUUUUUUUCAGAUUCAGAUUCAGAAAAGAGGAAAUUAUUUAUCAUUUAGGCUGCAGCAAUUGUUUAACAUUCUAUAUUCUUAACAAAUAAUGGUAAACAUCGCCGAUCAACCAAUAAUAAAAAUCACUGUUUUCAGCCCUCCUCUUGAGUAGUUGGACACACUGCUAGUGAUGGACUGGGCAUCAAAUAUUUCCAGCACAUGCGUGCUAAACAAAAUAAUUUCCCCCAUCGUUGCCUUCAAGAAAACUGUUGUUUUCAUGUUGACAACAACAUAGUAGAUACUUAUUUAUACAGUAAAUAUGAUACAUGCUGUUUAUACAUUUUCCACCGGCAGGGUUUUAUUCCAAACCGUUUCGGAUGAGGUCACAUUAGUUUAGCUUGUACCACGCUUGCAGGUGAUG